AUGAAUAUUAAAUACUUGUUAGCGGCGUGUACCCUGCUGGGAUUGUUGUGCAUUACAACUGCGCAAAAGCCCUUGCUGUGUUACUAUGGGAGUUGGGCCCAUUACCGCUCCGGGCGUGGCCAAUUCACGGUGGAGAACAUUGAUCCUUGGUUGUGCACUCACGUCAUCUAUUCUUUCCUCGGAAUCAACGAAGAUGGAACCGUCGCGAUACUGGAUUAUUGGUUGGACAUUGACUUGGAAAACUUUCGAAAAUUCAAUGAGCUCAAAAACAGAAAUCCGAACCUUAAAACUUUAGCUGCCAUUGGUGGAUAUAGUGUGGGCUCGGAAACGUUUUCUCGCGUUGCUGCCAAUCCAGAUUUGCGGUGGCGAUUUGCUGAAUCGGCAAGGGAUUUUUGCUUGCAGCAUGGAUUCGACGGGAUCGAUAUGGACUGGGAGUACCCGGGACAGCGAGGAGGUGAUCCUGUUAAUGACAGGGCCAAUUUCGUGCACAUGCUUGCCGAUCUUCGGCAAGUACUUUCCGCGAGUGGUCUCAUGCUAACGGCAGCUGUUGGAGCUCCUCAGCAUCUGGCGGAAAUAUCCUAUGAUAUACCGGGCAUAUCACAACAUCUGGAUUUCAUCAAUUUGAUGACUUACGACUACAAUGGUCCGUGGAACGAUUUCACCGGUCACAAUGCACCGCUCUUUGCUGGCCCAUCGGAUGCCAAUGAUUUUCAGAGAACUCUAAAUGUGCAUCAUAGUGUGAUGUAUUGGCUAUCGCAGGGAGCACCGGCCAAUAAGUUGAUCCUAGGAAUUCCCAUCUACGGUAGAACGUUUACGUUGCAAGAUUCGUGGAAUUAUUGGCUGCGUGCUGCUUCUAGUGGUCCAGGUUUAGCUGGAUCGUACACGGAGGAACCUGGAUCGUUGGCUUAUUUUGAGAUAUGUCCUUUCUUCACAAGAAAAUGGGUUCGUCAUUGGGAAGACAACCAGAAGAUUCCAUUCGGUGUGUCGGGGGAUCAAUGGAUUGGCUACGAUGACGUCGAUACAACUUGGAUUAAGUGCGGUUAUGUUCACGAGCAUGGCUUAGCUGGAGCAAUGGUCUGGUCAAUUGAACAGGAUGAUUUCCACGGUUACUGUGGAUCGAUUAAUCCAAUAAUGAGUACCAUCCGACAAUGCUUCCAAUAG